AUGGGGAAGCUGUCUUAUGCCAUUACGGCCCUUCUUCUGGGUGUGCCAUCCGUUAUCUCAACCCCGCCACGUCCCCACCUCCACGCCAAUGCGAUCGUACAAAGAGGGGCCAACGAUACGCCAGCGGCAACCGGCAUCUUGCCCGGUGCCUACAUCGUCGAGUUUGCGAAUGGCGAUGAGACACCCGAAAGCUUCUACUCAUCUCUUGCCCAAGAGGGAGUGCAGGUCGAACAUCGCAUGGAUCUGAGCUUCCGAUUCUUCAAAGGAGUCUCGUUCCAGCUCAAAAGCUCAAGCUCAAAUUCGAGCGGUUCGGACUUCCUGCGUCAGAUGAAGGCACAGCCACAGGUCGAGAACAUAUGGCCAACUCGCAUCUUAACACGUUCGAUUGAAGAUAGUGUCGCAGCACCUAGUCAGCAGAAACACGUCAAGCGACAAACUACCUCGGAAGACACCUUCUCGCCUCAUGUGAUGACACAAGUUGAUAAGCUGCACGCAGAGGGUAUAACGGGCAAAGGUUACCGUGUCGCUGUCGUCGACAGCGGUAUUGAUUACACUCAUCCAGCACUCGGCGGUUGUUUCGGCCCAGGUUGCCUCGUUGAAAUUGGUUACGACUUCGUAGGCGACGACUACAAAGUUGGCCAGUCAGAACCCAAGCCCGACGACGAUCCCAAGGACAACUGCGUAGGUCAUGGCUCCCACGUUGCUGGAUCCAUUGCAGCUCAGCUCGAGGGCAACAAGUAUGGCUUCACAGGUUCUGCACCCGGAGUAAAACUAGGUGCCUACCGAAUGUGGGGCUGCUCGACGACAUCCACGAAUGAGAUUGAGUUGAUGGCAUUCGCUCGUGCCGUCGAGGAUGGAGCGGAUAUUAUAUCGUACUCCAACGGCGACCCAUCGGGCUGGGCGCAGGAUAUGCGUGCUGCCGUUUUCUCGCGUAUCGUCGACUCCGGGAUCCCCAUCGUGAUGUCCGAGGGCAAUGACGGUGGUCAAGGUCUCUUUUACGCCUCUACACCAGCGACAGGAAGGAGUAUUACGGGUACAGGGGCAGUCUCCAAUACACAAUUCCCCACAUUUCUGGAACGAGGCUCCUACAAGACCAGUGCCAAUGUUACCACCAACAGUACCAACGAGUUUAGUUUCCUGAUGGGUGUCCCCGAGUUCACUGCCGAUACUACACUUCCGCUGUGGUCUGCUGCCGAUGUCGACGACGCCUGCAAGCCAUUGCCCGACGAUACACCAGACCUGAGCCAGCGCAUCGUGCUUUUGGAGUCGAAAGACUCACGAGCAACGCAAUGCUACUCGCAAGACCAAGGCGCUAACAUCGCAGCUAAGGGUGGACGGUUCAUGGUGUACUAUGAGCGCAGUAACCUGACAAUGCGCGACGAGCCAUAUGUCUACGCCGAGGGCAUUAAGGGAGUCGUCAGGGCAGUUCCGUAUGCUGCCGAGCACUGGCUCUCCUUGCUUUCGCAAGGUGCUACCGUCUCCGUAACGAUUCCGGCCAACGGCUCCCAGACAUACCUCGAGGUCCUCGAGAAUAACGAGCGUGGCGGAUAUGUCGCGGGUCAACUGACCAGCUGGGGCCCAAGCUGGGAGCUCAGCAUGACUCCUCAGCUUGUAUCACCUGGAGAGAACAUUUUGAGCACAUGGCCCACGGCUUUGGGUAGCUAUCGAGUCGCGACGGGCACAAGCAUGGCAACGCCACUGGUCGCAGGGGUCUACGCGCUGCUGGGUGAAGUAUACGGCAAACUGGAACCGAAACGCCUCCGCAGAAUGCUCACUCACACCUCCAAGCCACUGGCAUGGCAUGAUGGUAAGACUGCGCACCCUGACAUUCUCGCUCCGGUCGCACAGCAAGGAGCUGGAUUGGUGCAAGCUUGGAACGCCGCGCACACCACUCUCGAGAUUGAUGCGGAAAGUCUGAUGCUCAACGACACGGAGCACUUCGUCAGCAGUUACACCUUCAGCAUCACAAACACCGGUUCCGCUGACGAGGUACUCGAUUUGAGCCAUCGCAAAGCUGUCACAAUGUAUACCUUGAAUGCACAAGACGCUCUUCUGCGCCCAGGCUCGUUCCCCAACGACAUCGUAGAAUCAUGGGCUACUGUUUCCUUCUCCUCGGACCGCGUCGUCGCUCCCGCCGGGCAAUCCGUCAACGUGACCGUCGAGUUCGCACCGCCAGCAGGCGUCAACGCAACCUUGCUGCCCGUGUACAGCGGCUUCAUCGCCUUGGGCGACAAGCUUGUUCUCCCGUACCUCGGCGUCGCAGGCAACAUGAGGGAUGCUACCGUUCUCACGCCUGAGACUGUUUACCUCGCGCAAGGUUACACAUCCGCGCCUGCGAACAGCUCUUACACUAUCUCACGACCAGAUCCCGAGAACCCGCCGAUGACUGACGGUGGAGAUACGAUGGCCAUACCGAACAUGUACAUCCGCCCUUCCGUUGGCUCGUCUCUACUGCGUGUGGAGGUACUGCAGGGCGAGAAAAACGUGGGAACAUUGGCUGGAUUCCCGCUGACUUACAUCUCAAGAACGGAGGUGCGCGCAUUUUUCAACGGAUUGAUGGCGGACGGAAGGGUGCUAGAUGAGGGCUCAUACCGGAUGAGAGUCGCGGCGUUGCGCAUCUUUGGUGACGAGGAGCGCGAGGAGGACUGGGAUAUUGUUGAAUCGGUCAGUUUCGCAGUGAAGUAUCAGACGUAG